AUGUUAAAUAUUAUUGAAAAAGAUGUUGAUAAAGCUAUUGAAUCUGUUCAAGAAUAUUAUACAACCAUUGAAACAAAUCUUGAUAGUGUUAUCGAACAAAUUCAAUUAACUCUUUCUAAUCCAACCGAAGAUAAGUUUAUCAAAACUUCAAUUCAAAAUACUUUAAAACCAUUAGCGAAACAAUAUAGUGAUAAACAUAAAGAUUUACAUGGUUCAAUAUCCAAAAUUGGUAAAACAAUUGAUAAAAGUUUUCAAUCAGAUUUUGGUAAUGUUCCUAUCACUGAAUUAUUUGAUACACCUGAAAAAUUUAAAUUAAUUUAUAUGAUUAUAUGUGAAGAUCUUUAUCGUCAAGGACGUAUGUCAAUAGCCGAUAAAUUAAUUGAAGAAAGUAAAUUAAAUGAUAAUGAUUUAUUUAAUCUUGAAAAAAAUUUUCUCGAAGAAAUCAAUAUGAUAUUAGAAAAUUUACGUGAAAAAAAUCUUUUACCAGCUAUUGAUUGGUGUAUACGUCAUAGAAAUGAAUUAAAUAAAACAAAUAGUUUAUUAGAAUUUUAUUUACAUAAAAUGCGUUUUGUACAAUUAUUACAAUCAGGAAAUUUUAAUGAAGCUAAAACUUACUUAACUAAUUUAAGACAAUAUUCAAUUAUGAAUGGACAAUGUGAACAAGAUGUUAAUCAAUUAAUGGGUGCAUUAGUUUUUGCACAACGAGAUUUAUCUAAAUCACCAUAUAAAUAUUUACUUGAACCACAUCUUUGGUUACAAUUGUCAGAGUUAUUUAUGCAACAAGCUUUUCAACAAGUUGGACUUGCACAAGAUAGUCCACUUUAUGUAGUAAUGAAAAUUGGUUUUCAAGCUUUACCAGCUCUUAUGAGCAUAGUGAAUGCUAUGCAAAACACUCAAGUAUGUCAUAUAUUAUCAAAAGACGAAUUACCUAUAGAAAUUGAUGUUGGUCAAGAACAUCGUUAUCAUAGUGUAUUUGCUUGUCCAAUUCUUCGACAACAAACAACAGAUCAAAAUCCUCCAAUGAAACUUGUUUGUGGUCAUGUUAUAUCCAAAGAUGCACUUAAUAAAUUAUCUAUACAAAAUAAACUGAAAUGUCCAUAUUGUCCUUUAGAACAAAGUCCAUCGGAUGCUCGACAACUGUUUUUUUGA